UGUUUCUCACGUAUAAAAUGAGAAUAAGCUGAGGUCUCUCCUUCACAUUUUCAAGCAAAAAGAAAAUAAUAUCAACAAAAUGGGUGUUGCUCUCAAAAUUUUUUAUGCAAUUCUCAUAUCCAGUCUGCUAGGAAAGGGAAUGGGUGGAUGUUCCAUCCAUAGCCUUAAGUUAACUCAAAGUAUGACUGGAGUAAUGAUUGGAAGGAAAUUUGAGUAUGUGGUGGUUGUAACUAAUGAGUGCAAUUGUGAACAAGGAAAUAUUAAUGUCAACUGCAAGGGUUUCCACACAGCUAAGAGCAUUGAUCCUUUUCUGUUCAAACAUGAUGGUGCAGAUAGCACAAAAUGCGUCCUCAUCAAUGGAUAUCCCCUUGGCAAUCACCAAUCAGCAUACUUCAAAUAUGUAUGGGAUAGACCAUACCCCUUCACUGUGGUGGAUGGAAAAAUGACUUGCUAGAAGGCUUCAAGGCUUCUUCUGUUAUGUGCUGGGGCAUCUUAUGUUUAACUAUAUAUGCCACCUUAUAUUCUUCUGAUCUGUGCAGGGGACAUCUUAUGUUUAACCAUGCCAAUUAGUGUUCUAAGUGUGUAACUAUUUAGCUUGUUCUGUUAGCAUUUAUUAAAUAACGAUAGAGGUCUACUUAUGUGUGCU